UCAUACCCUCACCGUGUCCUUCUGCGUCCGGCUGUCGCGAUAAACUUGGCCACUUUGUGUUCACGAGCUCCUUCUCCACCUCCCAAAUCUCGGGGGUCACCACCGAUCACCGAGACAAGCCGAAUUCACCGAAGUAACACCGAGUGCUAGAGGGGCCGCCCGGAUUCGGCGAGUGCUUUCGAAACAGCAAUGCGGGCCAGUGACCAGUGACGUUAGAUUGAUUGAAGUGAUUUUCUCGGUGCCGCCGAUCAUUCAACGUUAUUAAACUUCGCUCAAAGUUCGCUGACGAGGAUCCGGGGCAGAAUGAGGCUCGAAAAUAUCAUGUGGCUGAAGAGCGCCGUCCUGCUGUGUAGCGUGAUGGCCGCAGUUCUGGGCGAUGAUGACAUCGUGACUCAAGCGCGAAUUGGUCAGGAAUUUGUGCAAUACGAUUCCUCCCUCGGUGAAUCGUCGCAGCUAAAAGCUCGAGCGAUUCCCGUAGAAGAGUUCGUAACCGCGCACAAGAUUCCCGCAGAAAUAGAGCAGCCCUCAGACGAGGACGACGAAGAAGAUGCGGAACUAGCAAUGGAGGUGGAACUCGCUAAGGAAGUGAUUCAGCGAGCGGUUCAGAGCCGCGAUAAACGAACGGAUAAGAAGAAGGUAACGCAACAAACGUCGGAGCCCUACGAAGACGAGGCAAAGUCCAAAAAGAACAGCCCCAAAAGGCAGGCUCGCGUGCAAAUCGAGAAUUUCAGUAACUCUGGUGUCCUGCCAGAGGACGGAGUGAUGAAGAUUGAAAUUGCGAAAGAGAAUUCCGGGGCUCAAACCGACUCUAUAAUCCCUGGAGUUGAAGUGAGCCCGGAGAACCCGACCACCAUGAUGCCGGUUCUAACCACCCCACGUGAGGUCCGUGCCUUCGACUUCGUGCCCGUAAACAUCAUCCGUGAGGACAGCAAAGACGCUUACACGCCCUUCGCCGACCGGCACUUUGGCGACCUUAGUGACGUCAGUCUUGUACCCGCCGGAUCAAAUUCCCGCAUCCAGGUCAAAAAAGGACCCAACGGCAAGGACUACGAGUACGAAUAUGUGUACUAUUAUUACGACGAAGAAGACGAAGGUAAAGCAGGUUCCCAGACAAAUACUCAAGGCGAUGUGGUCAAGACGACGCCAUCGCCACUCUCAAGACGUGAUGCGAUUACCGGAAGGAAUAAGUACUCGUCCAUUGAUCGCUCGACAACCAUCGAACCAGCCAGCAACGAGGUGAUUCCAAGCCGUGCCAAUGGGCGAAACAGACAGAUCGCUGAGUCCGAAGAACCAGUGUCUGAUGAGAGACUGCCCGCGAACACGAGAUUUCCACCCAGGUCAAGGUCGAAUCACAACACAGGAACAACGGAGCCUAGCCGAGCGCGAGGCAACCGUCCACGACCUAGUCUGGACCUUGUUGAUUCCAGCAGUUUUCGAACUCAUCAGGAGGGACCUGAGUUCCCACAGAACCUUCCCAAGGGACCUCUAAGGUUCCUGGGAGUCACCCCAAACGAAGAACCGGAAGAAAAGCCUGCCGUCCGUACCCGUCAAAGACCCUCCAAGGUCACGGAAGCAGCACCCGUUGAGGAAACCUCUGAAGAGGCUGUCGUGCCGCACAGAAGACGACCUGUCGCAGCUGCCAAUCCCGAGGUUGAAGUUGAAAUGAACAAAGAUGAACCAACGACUGCGGACGAAGAAAGCAAAGAAGGAGGAGCUGAGCCGAUCGAUCCAGCUACGAACUCUGCCCCCGCACCAGUUGAGGAAGAAGUUCACGAGGACUCUGUCAGCAUGGAGAGCGCCUCGAAGGAGCAGGACCUCAUGGAUGUGACGACAACCGAAGUUCCGACCACAGAAAACCCCUCAGCCAUGGACAAAGUCGCUUUGGACCUUUACGCCUUCCUUCUUCAGGGUCAGAGCAACGUUGUCGACGUCUCCACCCCCGAAGAUAGCGCCGAAGAUUCGACCACCUGGUCGGAAGACGACAGUACCACUGAUGUCCCGACGACCACGGAGGCCAUCACAACCACGACGGAGCCCACAACUACUACAACUACGACGGAAGCAACCACCACAACCACAACCACAACUGAACCACCGACCACCACAACUCAACAGACGAUUGGAAAGGGGAAAUUCAGAAGACCAGGAGUACCUGGAGGCAUUGGCUCUAGGAACAGGUUCAAGACCAGUGGGUCUAGCUCGACGACAACGGAGUCAUCGUCUUCGGCUGAGCAAUCACCGGCACGUCCUCGCAGUCGCUUCGGAUCAACGAGCGGAGGUUUCAAGAGGCCACGACCUGGACAACGGCAGCCAGCCGAAGAGGAAGAAGUCCAGAAGCAAAGCAGUGGUUCGGUGAACGCCGAGAGACCCAGCCUUCCAAGUCGCGGUAGAUUCCGCGGAUCUUCGUCCAGGUCAUCAGCGACGACGGCCGCCCCAGCCAUUUCUAAUUCACAAGAAUCGUCGACCUCCUCCUCCGCGGAAGUGACUCGCGGAGUCGUUCGUCCAUCCUUGAACAGAUUGAACCUGAACCGCAGACGCGGAAAACCGACGACUGCGGCACCCACAACCAGCGAGGAGGCCCAGGAAUCAGGUGAAACUGCACAGACCAGCAGCGUGGAGGUCACCAGUACCACUGCGCGGUCCGUCGUAAGACCGAGACUUCCUGGUACUGGACCAAGACCCCUCAGACCGGGACCAAGAAUCAACCUCCGAGCAAGACCCGGGCUGCAGACGACAAGCACCACGGCGGCACCCAGCACGCCGGAAGUCUCUGCUGAAGAACCAGAUGGCGCUGGCACCGAGGAAGAAUCUCACGAGGCCCCCGCGGAAACGAGCCCACCGCAGCCUACGACACCCGAAAGUCCGCUGACGAGGUUGAGAAACAGAAACAGACUACAGGUUCACCCGAAGGCUCCCCGAGUGGCCACGCAACCUCCACCAAGGCGGUCGCCUCUUUUGCCCCGAAGAAGGACAACGGAGGCACCGACAACGGAGGCUAUCAGUGAGCCAGCCUCUGCAGAAGAAUCCGAAGGUGCAGAGCCUUUGGUCACCGAGGAAGCGGAAACUGAAUCCAGCACAGCCGCGAGUCAAAAACAAGAGGAAGUCAGAGGUCUCAGUGGACUCUUGGCUCCGAGACGUAGGAUAGCGUCACGACGCCCUGGACAGCUUAUCGCUAGAGAAUAAGCAAGCGAGAGAAGAAGAUACUUCAACGCACCGCGAAGUACCAUUUCAUAAUUUAUGACCCCUUGUGGCGUGGAUCCGUUUUAGUAUGGUACCGGCACCAGAGAGCUUACGACAUCGAAUGCGCAUCUACCCAUGCCUGAUCGGUAUCUCAAAGUAGAUAGAUAAUCUGACGAAUAUUUUUAGUUUUUUACUAUCAACUUUUUCUAAUUACUUUUCAUCUAUAGUAUACUUAGAGGUCCGGUUCGUCUGUAGCUGUCGUUUUUACAGUGUAAGCUCUCGAAUUUAUCAAAUUUUAAUGAGGGUGGUAGGUAGGUACCAUUGAAAUACUCAUGAAAUGGAUUUUAAUGUUGAUCAUCUUUUUUCUUUUCUUUUUUUUUUGUUACGUCCACCAGUAUUUAUACUUAUAUCAUCGCUUACGUUUUAGUAAAAUAACAUUUUUUUUUUUUCUUUUCUGUCCGUAUAUCGCCAUCGAUGAGUAAUUUUAUCUAUUAUUUUUUUAUAGUGCUAUACCUAGUACUAAGAUGUUUUUACUGGUGUAUAAUAAUUCGUAAAUGAUGAAAACAGCAAGAAAAAAAGAAAAGAAAAGAAAGAAGAAUGAGUAACGAUGCUAAUUUUAGUCACAUAUGAGUGUAAUCACGAUAUUUGUAAUAAACUUAGCAACUUCAUUGGCCCUUAUUUUAUACGCAGAUUGAGAGAAAAAAGAACAAAAUACAUGUAAUAAGUGUAAAAUGCAAAGAGUAAAAAAAAAAAAAAAACUAAAUCUUUACUACGAAAAAUAGUUGGGCCAAUUUUUAAUAGUGUGAUCAUUACAAUGCCUAAUGUGUAUAUUUAAUUCGACUUGAAAUGUGUGUGUACUCCUAUUUAAUUAUUAAUUUUUACAAUUACUAUAUUGCAUAUGCACUGCUGUACUUAAACUAAUUUUUAAUCAUAUUUCAAUUACACAUAACGUUCAUUUUAUUGUUGCAUUCUUUCUUUUUAGAAAUCGCGCGACACUGUAAUGAACACCGUAAGUUUUACCGUUGUACACUAUUAUUGGUUGUAAUGCCCCCAAAAUGCUGUAAAUAUUUCGAUAAAAAAUAUACGUAAAACAGUAGAUCAUGAACUUCUGUCAUAACGUGGAAA